CACCUUUUCCCUUAGAAUCACCUGCCGCGGCACUUUUGUACUAUCUCUCUCUCUUCGUUCACGAUCCGACAUGCAUUUCUUCUCCCAGUCGUACAACUACGAACAUUCUUGGUCCCACGUCGUCCUCGGGAUGUGGCACAAAUACCCCAAUCCUAAAUGCACACACGUUAUCAGCAUAGACGUUGUGGAUCGGACGGUAGACCCACAGACAGGCAUUAUUCGCACAGAGCGCAUCCUCGGCUGCAAACAGAAGGCUCCGGGGUGGAUCGUCAAGCUCUUCGGUGGCUCUGAAGACGCAUACGUCCGCGAGAUAAUAUUCGUCGACCCCGUCCAACAAAACGCCUCUAUCACAUCGGUCAACCUCUCCCUCUCCCAAUUCGCGACAUGCUUCGAGCGAAUAGAAUAUGCUCCCACACACGAUAACCGGACCACAUUCACGCAGACGGCAGAGAUCCAAGCACGAAUGGCGCUAUGGCGAAGUGCAUCUGACGGGCUUGAGCAGUGGCUCGUCCAGCGAUUUGAGCAGAACGCGCAUCUCGGAAAGCUCGGGUUUACAGACGUCCUGCGGGCAUUAGAGGAGCGACAGAUGGCGACGAGUCCGGCUUAGAGGCUGGGCGCGGGAUUCGUAGUUUGAUUGAUACACUCUUUUUUUAGAGCGGGCGUAGACGCGUAGGCACCCAAAAGUAUGCACCGCUGUAUUUCUAACAUUCGUGUACCUUAUGUCGGUAGAGGAUAAUUGCACUGUAGACCGAGGCAAUGAACAUUUUGACGCCCCCUUGCAAUCAUAUUAUUGGAUUCUACAUACUAUUAAAUCAGUGUACGAAUAUCAGCGACUCUCUCAUUUGCCCGGAGGAACGAAAUCCCGGGUCAGGUCGAUGUCGCCCGCCAAAUGAGUGUUCGUAAGACGAACUUGUCGCUGCCGGGGUGCUCCGCCUCGCUUGCCCUUCUUUUUCGUCGUCGGGGCGCGUAUCGGUGCCUGUGCUGCCGCUGUGAGCUGCAACCCCUCUGUGAGACGGUGAGCCGCCUGGAUGACACAGGAGAUGGAUGGAUCUACCUUUGGAGAGAUCUCGUCGCAAUUCCACGUCGUCGGGUAGCUUCAGGCUGUGCCAGAGAUCAUUGAACU